CAGUAGAAGACGAUUUAGUCAGUGUUGGAGAUCUUGAAAAUGAAGUAAACUUGGAGACUGAAAAUGAUUUAAGAAAUACUAAAGACAUAGAUAAAAGGAUUGAAAAAAUUAAAGACCAACGACAAAAAUCGGUUAUCUGUCUUGAAAAACAAGCGUCAAAAAUGUUGAGAUUGACUAACGAAAAAUUUUCAAAGCUUGAUGUCGGUACAACUGUUCGUGUCCCAAUACCAGAUGUCGAUAGAGCACGAGGUUCUCCGCGUAAUUUACUUGCUGUUAUUAUUUCAUGCGAAAAUGACAUGUAUAAAUUAUGUACAGAAUAUGGGGUGUUGAAACACAAAUAUACACGAGCACAAAUUUCUCCGUGUAAAGAAAAAUUUCUAGAGCUAGAUGAAGCCAUGAAAAAAAUUAAAGACAGGGAAAUAACAUUAAGAGAAGCCGCAGGACACGGAAUAGCUGGUCAUCAAGGAUUUAAUCGAUGCAACUGCAAAACUGGUUGUGGUACUAAAAAAUGUGCUUGCAAUGCAGCGGAAAUGUUGUGCAGUUCAAAAUGUCAUGGAAACCAAAAUUGUCACAAUAAAUCAUUAUUAUAAAUAGUACCUAUAGUAAAACAAUCAGUGUAUUAUUUGAGAUUUAUCAUCAUUUACCACUAGUUUUGGUAAAUGACAUCAAUGACCGGUGAAAGAUGUACAUUUGAAUUUAAAAUCUGGUUUUUUACAUCAUUUACCUAUAUAAUCGAAUCAUUUUGGU